AGAGGGGAUGUAUCCGUCAAAAACACGCUUCUAUAUCAACGCGGAAAAAAAUAUUAUAAAUGUAGUAAAAGUGUGAUACGAUGAGUGCUCAAUAACGAGUGUGUGCUAAUCUUAUAUUUCGAACGUAACAUCUCAACCGGCUCAAUCUCAGUGUAGAUUAGUCGGUCUGGAAAACAAUAAAUCCAAACAACAAAAGCGGCAAAAAUCCGUGUCAAGUAUUUUAUCAACAACUGAACAAUGUCACUGCUUGCAAACGCUUUCAUCUGUGCUACAGACAUUAACAGCACAAAUUAUGACGAUUCCUAUCAGGAAAUAGUUAAAGACUUAGUGCCAGACUGGGUUUGUGCUCUGGAAUAUGUUCCCUGGUGCUGGGCCAUCUUUGGAUCUCUCCUUGUUGGACUUAGCGGGGUUUUGCCUCUCCUUGUCAUACCCAUUGAUCAUUCGGAGAACUUGAAACAAGGAGAUGGUGCCAAUAAACUUAAGACUCUAUUGAGUUUCGCCGUAGGAGGACUUUUGGGGGACGUUUUCCUGCACUCCUUGCCUGAAAUUUGGGCCAAUGACACAGUCACAAAAUUGGGAAGUGGACACAUCUCAAACAGCGGACUAUUGAUAUUAACGGGGCUCAUAGUUUUCGUGGCUGCCGAAAAGGUAUUCUCUGUGAUAGAACAAAUAGAAGACAAUGAGAAAAGUACAUCGCAAAGUGUCGAGAACAACAAUACCAAAGGACUGAGUCAGCCAAUCGAACACAAAAAAUCGGUUUCCGGUUAUUUGAACUUGGUAGCUAACACCAUGGACAACUUCACCCACGGUCUGUCAUUGGGUGGCGCCUUCUUGGUAUCCCUUAGACUAGGACUGCUGACCACCUUCGCCAUUUUAGUCCACGAAAUCCCCCACGAAGUCGGAGACUUCGCCAUCUUGCUUAAGUCCGGCUUCACGAGGUGGCACGCCGGCGUUUUCCAACUUUUGACCGCAGGUGGCGGUCUCAUCGGCGCCAUGGCGGCCAUCUUGUUCAGCGGCGCACAUACAGCUCUUGAAGCGAGGAGCUCCUGGAUAUUACCAUUUACAGCCGGCACAUUCCUUCACAUAGCUUUAGUAACCGUUCUUCCCGAUUUACUCAAAGAAGAAGAUCCCAAAGAAUCAUUCAAGCAACUGUUAGCCUUGAUCCUGGGGAUAACAGUCAUGGCGUUCGUCACCAACGCUUUCGAGUGAUGGCGACCACAAAACAUUAUCACAAAUGUACUUGAAGCAAUAGUUUAUUUGAAAUAAUUAGAAAUUUCCAUAAUUAUUAGUUGCGGUUUUAUUAAGUGUCAACUGUCAUUUGUCAAAAUGUCAACUGUCAUUUGUCAAAAUGUCAUCUGUUAUUUGUCAAAAUGACAGAUGACAAUAACUCAACUGUCAGUUGUCAAAAAGAUGGCGUAAAGAUAUAUAAAUUAGUUCUGUAGAGUAUAAAAGUCCUUUAUGUAAUUCUUACUUUCAAAUAAACUCUUGCACUGACAAAUUAAAUGUAAUUUUGACAGUUUCUGAAAGGUUUGACUAAAUGUAAAUGUCAGAAUUAUAUAUCUGUUGAUUUUUAUACAGGCACAUCAAACAUAUUAACAUACACAAUUGAAGAUCGUUGUAACUGAUAUCUGCAGUCAACAAUUUGGAAAUUGCUUCACAGCUAACUCAAAUUAGAAGUUAUGUUUCACAACUGCAUAAAAUAAUUGUUAACAGGAUCAAUAUUUUAUUGUUUAUAUUAGUUUUUGUAAAGAUAUGUUUCACCAGUACUUAAAUAUCGAUCAGAGACACAAACUGUGUUAGAAAAGGUCCAUGGAAUGUAUCAAUAUGAUUUUAUUUUUUAUAUCACCUUCAUUUGUGCAUUCCGGUCUCAAUAAUUAAUGUAAAACGUCAAAUUUUCGUUUCAGGCGACAAUUACUGAUACUGCCUACAAAUAGUGGUAUUCUUUUUCUCAUGAUCAUCUUUCAGUGCGUCACAGUUUUUCCAUUUCUCUCUAACGCAUUAAAUUGUAUGUGACAGAAAAAAAGGCACGUCUGUGAAUACUUUGGUAAUUAUUCUAGUUUGGUGAUUAUUCUAGUUGUCGAUAGAUGGCGCCAUAAUCAAAAAAGAAUUAUUUAUUAAAUAAAAUAAUACUAUUAUCAAUAUAAUCUGUACAAUUUAUAAGACUAUACAAAUGAAAGAAAAUACCAUUUUAUAAAUGCAAUAGACACAAUUGAUUUGGUUUUAUUCCAAAUUGAAAAUAAAAUUUGACAACUGUCAGAUUUAACUAAAAUGUCACGUUAGAAUAAAUGUCAUAAAUGUGUAUUAUCACGGACUUCCUUUUUUUCUAUAAUUUGUGACGCAUUGAAAAAUGUUCAUGAAAAGGAGAAUAUAAGGCUUUUCAUCGAUUGUCAUUUGUUUCGAGCUUCUUCUGUCAUCUAGCAGGCAAGACCGCCUAAAUGCGGUCUAAUUUCUAGCUAUUUCAGCUAUGUUUAGGUAUGCAGCAUGCAAACCUGCCUUUGGUCGUAUACUACUAAGUGUACUUGUAAAUAUUUGGUUAACGCUAAUUGAUUGGCUCUAUUAAGUCAAAAGAUAUCAAGCUUUGAAUUUUUCCAUUGAAAAUAAAAUUGGCCUGCUAGAGGGAUAAUCUGUGUAUAAUAUUAAUAUACACGGAUUAUACCACAUAUUAUGACAGAAGCUCGAAAUAAAUGACUGAAUGAAAAGCCCUAUGGAGCGAGACUUGUCAGAACAUGUUUUGGUUUCACCUAACCUUACAUAACCUACAAUUUAUCUGAAUAGCUGUCUAUUGAGAUAUAUUUUGUCUGCCACUGUCUUUUUAUGAAUAACAAUUACUGUUUUACCUAAAAACAAUUAAAAAACAUGUGAUAAUGCGCGCGUACGCAUUUAAUAUUUUAUUAAUAUGCAUACUUCGACAGCUUCGAUUCAGUUCGCUUCAGACGCUGAAAAGUAGAAACCUUGGUCAGCCGAUGGUGGUGGCCUCGAAUCGAAUUUAAUCUAAAGCUAUCUUUCCUUAAAAAACGUGUAUUAUUCUUCUUUUGGGAUAUUCUUAAGGCAAUGCCUUAUCUCUCCAUUAUCUAUAUUAUAUCAAAAUAUUUUGAUCGGAUUUAUGUUGGGUAUUUAUUGCGAUUACUUUUACAUUUAACAUUACAUUUCUACAUUUAACAUUACUCUAUGAGCUAUUAAAGUAUAUCAUAACCCAACUUUUUGUAAAUGAUGCUAUUCCCGCUCUUUCACUGCGGCAUUUUUUUGGAAGGCAUGCCCAGGUGCUCACUUUCUACUGGCAAUGAAAGUUUGAAUGCGCAUGUGUGACACGCACACUGAACACUUUGCCUGACACUGAUCCGUGACAUGCGCAGUAAAAGGUUUAACUAGUUUCUUAAUGAUCUCAGUUACAAAGAUAUUCACCUGUGUAAUGUAUGAUGGAAAACGUGCCGUUCUAUGCUGUGUUAAAACCGUUGCCAUAUUCUAUGAUUCUCUAGUGAUAUGUAAUUAAAAAAUGUAUAUAAAUAUUUUAUCAGUAUUUUUAGGUAGAAUGGAUAUUUGAUAUUUGAAGGAAAUAAGUCUUAAAUUGAUAAUAUGUAGUUUUUUAAAAUACACAUUCUGUUUUA